AUGCGUGUACAAAAAAAAAAUUAUAAUAGCCGACCGGAUCGAAACUCGUUCUUCCACAAAACGACGUUAUUAUUCAAAAUACUACGAGAAGAGACGGUAAGAAAAAAAAAAACACCCAAUAAAAUAUCAGUCAACUUGUUGCUGGCGUUCGUCGGUCGAGUUCUCGAACCGUUCCGGCGCGUCGGUUCGGGCGCCUCCGUCGCCGCUCGUCGGCCGUUCGACCCGACGAGUUUUUUAGUGUUUCUCGAGAGAUCGAAGAGUGCGCUGCGUCACGCCGGGCCCCGUCCGCGUUUCAAGGACAUUCGCUACAUUGUAGCAAGGACGCGCAAACGCAAACGGGAGGCUUUUAAAGAGGACUCGAACGAGGACCUCGAGAAUAAGAGAAGGCGCCGCCUCCACCGCCACGGGCACCACCACCGCCACCGCAGCAGCGCUAGCGGUGUCAAGCAGAACAAGAAGAUCCUCGAAGAAGUUCCCGAUCUUCAGGAAAUCGAAACAGAGCACCACCACAAUCGCCAUCACCGCCACCAUCACCACCAUCAUCGCCGGAAGGAGUUCGUCCGUCGAAGGCGGCGCGACGGCGAUGGCGGCGACGCCGACGACGUCGCGACGGUGCUGAUCGUCGACGAGCCGGCCGGCGACGAUGCGCCUGGGGAAUCUAUGCCCUGCAGCGCCAACGCGGAAGCCGUGAAUGGUAGCGAAGAGGAGGAGGAAGAGGAGGAUUGCGUGAUUGUGGCUCAAACCGGGACGAACAUAACGUCGAAUAGGACCGUGGAGCAAGGGAAUUGCUCUUUUAGAGGUGACGAUGACGUACCGUCGGUGUCGUCCUCGCCUUCCCCCUACGUCGUCAACAGAAUGGACAUCGUCGUCGGCGGCGUCGCUUCAUCCCUACCGGACGGAGGAUCAUCAUCAUCGUCGGCGCCAUCAUCGGGAUGCGGUCUGUUGUCGCGCUAUCACCACCACCACCACCACCACCACCAGCAACAACUACAACAACAACAACAACAACACCAUCAGAACCACCACCAGCACCAUCACAACCAGGACGAUCGAAGCGAUUCGGGCGUGAGUUCGUUGCGUUCGUGCAUCAGUAGCGGCGAUGAACGGUCUGGUUCUCGAUCGAGCGCCCUGAGCUCCACCGACGAACCCACGUCGUCGUCGUCGUCGUCGAGCAACAACGGCAACGACGUCGUCGCCGUCGCCGCCGCCGCCGCCGUCGCCUCAUCGACGUCCGCCGGCGUCCAGCAGCACACUUUGAGAAACAGGUCGCCUUUGUAUAUUCCAGCCGCCGCGUCGGCGUCUUCUAUACAACAGAGACACCACCACGAAGCGAACGAGCCGGUGAGGGUCUGGAGAGAUCCGAGCCUGUUGCUCGAAGAGCCGCAUGUUCGGCACAUACACAGCGUUCAGCAUCAGACGCUACUAAUGUCACACUCUAACACGCCAGCCAGCGCGUCAGCCGGCCCGCCGCCCCCCUCGUCAGUGUCAUCGGUAGCCGGCCACCAGGCGGCCGCCGCCGCCUUGGGCGCCUACCCCGUCGUCCCGGCGUCGCUGAUGACGUCGCACGUGCCGCUCGCCGGCCACCACCCGCACCUCGCCGGCGCCGCCGCCGCCGCCUCCUCGCACUCGCUCUACCACCAUCCGACGGCGGCCGCCGCCGCCGCCGCCGCCCAAUUCACCGACAUGCUGUGGAAGAGCGGCGGCCAGCGCGGCCACCCGUCCUACGGCGUGCCGGCGCACGUGCUCGCCGCCGCCGCCGCCCACCAGGCCGGUGGAGGAGGCGGCGGCGAGGAGUCGCUCGUCGUGCGGGAGCACCUGCAGGACAGGGAGCGCCAGGAGCGGUUGUACAGGGAGCGGCAGAACCAGGAGAUGGAGAAGCAGAAGGAGAAGGAACGAUUGGAGAGGGACAAGCAGGAACGGGAGAAAAUCGAGCGGGAGCGUGAGAAGCGAGAGAAGGAGGAGAAGGAGAGCCUCGAUCAGGCUAUACAUAAUCAUUUCGAGAAGUCGCUCAGGGCGUUUCAAUCAAAGACUUGGAACCCGAUAGGCGGCGGAGGCGGCGGAAAGGCCUCCUCGCAGGCCAGGACGCCGAUGAUGGCCGACGACGAGCGAAAGCGCGCCGAGGACAUGUACCACAGGGUGCACAUGGCGGCGGUGCGCGACAACCGCGACCACCACCGCGCCUACUACGCCGUCCAGCGCGCCGCGAACGCCCCGCCGAAGGCGGCGGCGGCGGACUAUCCGCCGCCGCCGGCCCACAGCCGCGUCUCCGUCUCGUCGUCGAAACCCGGCGAGAAGCUCCCUGCGCAGUCGUUAUCGAUGGCCAAGAACGAACCGAACGCGUACGGCUACGCCGCGCACGCGCACGCCGUCCAAAACAGCUACUUCGAACCGAAGAUGAAAUCCGACGUGCACAAGGCGCAAGCGCCGAGCGGUUUGAUGGUCACCAAAACGGGCCCGUUGGAUCGGGACGAUCGAGGCGAAAUGAAGAAUUCCGUGAUCGUCAAACACGACGCGAAGAAUCCGCACCACGUCGACGGGCAGAUGGCGCUGCAGCGAGGCGUGUCGGUGGCGCACGCGCAUUCGCCCGGCGCCAAGUUGCGCAACGAGAUGCUCGGCCACUACCAGAACGCGGCGGUGGCCGGCGGCGCCAAGGGCAUCUACGACUACCGCGGCGCCGGCCAGUCGCCGCACCAUUUGCAGCCUCACCACGUCGUCGAGGCGCAGAACCUCGGCAAGGCGACCGGCGGCGGGCAUCACAGGCCCGGCGCCGGGCCGCAUCACCAGCACCAGCAGCAGCAGCAGCACCAGCAGAGGCAGAGUCCGCACCAGCACCAGCACCAACACCAGCCGGCGGCGCACCAUUCGCCCGAUUUGAGGUACAGGGGCGGCGCCGACGUCUAUCAAACGGCUGCCAAAGCGAACUAUUCGUUCACGACGGCGGGUUACACGAUAUCCUCCGCCCCGCCAGCGAUGGUGAAUUCCAAGCCGAAGGUGAGCAGCCCGGCCCCCCAUCAAAUCUUCGGCAAACCGCACCUGGUGAGCGGCGUCGUCGCGGCGCCGCCCCCGUCGCCUCGGGACCGCUCUAGUCGCGACAACAGCUCGCCCAUACCGCUGACGUCGAAACCGCCGCCGCCGCUGAUCGGCGCGUCGAUAUCGCCGUCGCCCUACCAGCAAGUCUCCCAGUACCACCCGCCCCACGUCCAACCGCCGGCCGUCGUCGGCUGUCUGCCGCCGCCUGCACACGCCCAGACGCCCUCCACCGUGAUGGACCGCUUCGACAGAUCCAAACCGCCCGGCGGCUACGUCCCCAGCGGCCUCUCCGUCAAACUGGUGGCGCCCGGCGGCGGCCAGCACCACCACCACCGUUCGUACUCGCCCACCGCCGUCCAGAGCCAACCGCUCGACCUCGGCAUGGGCUCGAACAACCACCGCGCCCAGUCGCCCAAACGCAAGGCGCCGCCGCCCGUCGGCGUCGAUUCGCCGCACAAUCCGGCGCCGUUCGUCGACGCGAAGAAGCGCAAAAUCGACUCGUCCGCGACUAUCGCUACUACUAGUGCGCAGGCGCAGUUAUCGCGCGUGAGCGAACCGAGCCCGUUGAUCGCGAGUGCCGCCACCACGAUCACCACCGUGGUGAAUACCGCCGCGUACAGGACAACACCGCACGAUUCCGACGGAGCCGGCGACCUCGGUGUUGCGACGGCGACGCCCGGUUCCGAAUCGCAGAGCCCGGCGCCGACGCCGACGCCGCCGGCCAGCAAUACGCCCGGUCCGGUCGACGUCAACGAGCAGCCCGGCACGCCGGGCAAACUCGCGCCGAGCGUCGUCGAUUCGGAGAAGAGCAACAGCCCCGGACCGGCGGCGACGGCGGCCAAAGCGGCGUCGGCGUCGAGCGCGGGCGGCAGCUAUCCGGUGAGGCAUUUGAAGAAGGCUUGGCUGCAGAGGCAUACGGGCGAGGACGCCGCCGAAGAUACGACGGGCGUCGUCGGCUCGGGCACGUGCGUCACGUUACCGUUGAACAUCAAAACCGCCGCGACGCCGCCGCCGCCGACGUCUAACAGCAAAGAGGGCGGCAAUCCGGUGAAUUCGUUGCACGCGAUCGGUUCGAUGGCGGUGAACAGCAUCAGCAAAAUGAAGCACUUCAAUUCGAGCAGCAGCAGCGGCAGCGGCAGCAACAACAACAACAACAAAUCGAAUCGCAAGAAGGAGACGAUCGUCGCGAACGGCGACGCCAAACCCAACGACGAUUCGUCGAGCAGCGAUCAGGAGAAAGGCGGCGGCGGUGGCGGCGCGGCGGGCGGUCGCAAGUCGCCGCCGAAGCGCAAGCCGCCGAAAGUGAAGCGAAAAAAAGGCGGGGGGUCCGCGACGAAAAAGGCCGUCGACGACAAGAAGCAACAGCUGCAACAGCAGCGGAAGAGCAGCAACAGCGGCGGGCCCCAUCAAGUCACCACGACGACGCCGGCGGCGAGCGAGAGCGGCAGCGACAGCGACAAGGAGAGCGCCAGCGACAAGGACAGCGAUUCAGGAGCGAGCGGCUCAACGCCCGCCAGGAAACCGCUGCAUCAGCAGCAGCAGCAGCAGCAACAACAGCAGCAGCAUCGAAAGCGCGGCAGGAAGCCGAAGGGAAACGGCGGCGGCAACGGCGGCGGCGCGGCGCCCGGCGCCUCAAAAAACGAUAGGGGCGGCGGCGACGAGCCGCGGCCGAAGAAGAGCAAGGAGGAGACGCCGCCGCCGCCGCCGCCGCCGCGGGACCCGUUCCGCAAGCCGCCCGUCGCGCAGUUGAAGAAGACGGGCGAGAGCUUCCUGCAGGACGGGCCGUGUUUCGAGGUGGCGCCCAAAUUGGGCAAGUGCAGGGAGUGCAGGUGGACGCCCAAUCAACGGUCGAAGAACAUGCCCAACAUAUUUUGCAGGUUUUACGCCUUCAGGCGGUUGAGGUACACGAAAAACGGGCAAUUGGCCAUCGCCGGGUUCUCGGAUCCCCAUAAGGACGCCAUGGAGGACGACAUACGAUUGUGGCUACCCAACGCCGAUAAUCCACCGGCCGAUUUGGACCUCGAAACGUCCAGGUUCCUUCUCAAACAAGUGGGCGAUCAUUUCUGCGAUUUGCUGGUGCAGGAAAAAGAAGCGAACGCCGAACAUCUGGCGGAAGAAAAAACGGUGGCCUGGAAGCGAGUCGUACAGGGCGUUCGAGAAAUGUGCGACGUAUGCGAGACGACAUUGUUCAAUUUCCAUUGGGCCUGCGGCAAGUGCGGCUUCGUCGUUUGCAUCGAUUGCUACAAGAGCCGAAAACGCGGCGCCAUCAAGGUAUGGGGCGAGGCGAACAAGGACCGCGACGAGUACUCGUGGCUGUUGUGCACCAAUCGACAGGUCCACGAGCAGGAGAAGCUGAUGCUGACGCAGAUCAUCGCCGGCGAUUCGUUGAACAAAUUGGGCCGGAUGGUGCACGAGAUGCGCGACCUGUGGGGCAUCGAACAGUUCUGCGGCUGUCCCGCCGCCAAGGAGGCCUCGCCCAACAAGAACAACAACAACCAACAGGUCAGGGACAUCGUCAGGAGCAUACUGGGCGAUAAGAUCAACGGCGCCAAGAAGGAAUUCAAAGAGGAAGACGAUUCGUGCCCGGAUCGAGUCGAAGUAAAGAAAGAAGGCGGCGGAGGCGGCGGAGGAGGCGGCGGAGGCGGCAGCAGCAGCGAAGACGAGGGCAAUUUCUCGACGUUGCGCGAACUCCUCAUCAGGCCGUCGCACAAACCGAACGGUUCUCGAGCCGCCUCGCCCACCGCCAACAAAACCGAACCGAAGAAGAAACCCGCCCAGCCGACGAAGCCGGCCGACCUCGACGACGUCAUAUCGAGCGUCAUCGAGGACAACGUGCCGCAGAAGACGGCCGUCGAGACGCCGACGGAGCCGAAGAACGAGCUCAAGCACUUCGUCCGGCGGUACAAUUGGCAGGGCAAGGGCCGCGUCCAGUUGCCCAUCAGGAUCAUGACGUUGACCGAGAGCAAGACGCUCUAUCCGAACGCGCCGCACAGUUGGCUGUGCGACGGCAAGCUGUUGCGUCUGAGCGACCCGCUCUGCGACGAAAACUACAAGAUAUUCCAGGACCAAUGGAAGCGCGGCCAGCCGGUGAUCGUGAGCGACAUCACGCGCAACAUCGACAACGAUUUGUGGCAUCCGGAGGCGUUCGCGCGCGACUUCGGCGACGAGAAAAACGACCUGGUCAAUUGCAUGACGGGCAAAGUGGUGCCCAAUCAACCGAUGCGCAAGUUCUGGGAGGGUUUCGAUCACUUCGGCAAACGCCUGAAAGACGACCGCGGCCAGCCGAUGUUGCUCAAACUGAAAGACUGGCCGCCCGGCGAGGACUUCGCCGAGAUGCUGCCCACCCGCUACACGGAUCUCAUGAAGGUUCUACCGUUGAGCGAGUACACCCAUCGCACCGGUCGUUUGAACCUCGCCAGUCGACUGCCCGAGUGCUUCGUGCGACCCGAUCUCGGCCCGAAGAUGUACAACGCCUACGGCUCGGCGCUGCAUCCCAGCAAAGGCACCACCAACUUACACUUGGACAUCUCCGACGCGGUUAACGUGAUGGUGUACGUCGGCAUACCGAAAGACGCCGAUACCGACGAGCACAUCAAGGAGGCAUUUAGGGCGAUCGACGAGGCCGGCUGCGAUAUACUGACGAGGCGGCGCGUGCGCGACAAAGGCGAGCUACCCGGCGCCCUGUGGCACAUCUACAACGCGCGCGACGCCGACAAAAUCCGCGAUCUACUCAACAAAGUCGUGGUGGAGAAGGGCGGGCGAUUGGAGCCCCACAACGACCCAAUACACGACCAGAGCUGCUACCUGGACGGGCCGCUGCGCGAGCGCCUCUACAAGGAGUACGGCGUCGAGGGGUACGCCAUCGUCCAGUGCAAGGGCGACGCCGUGUUCGUGCCGGCCGGCGCGCCGCACCAGGUGCGCAACCUGCACAAUUGCAUCAAGGUGGCCGAGGACUUCGUGUCGCCGGAGAACGUGUCGCACUGCUUCCAUCUGACGCAGGAGUUUCGCGACUUGAGCGACACGCAUUCGAACCACGAGGACAAGUUGCAGAUCAAGAACAUCAUCUAUCACGCCGUGAAGGACGCGCUGUCGGCGCUCGGUGCGAUCGUCGACGGGCGGUUGGACGCGAAGCGCGAGAAAGAGGAGAGUUUGUCGUCGAGCAGCAGCAGCAGUAGUAGUGGUGGUAGCAGUAACGGGGGCGGCGGUGUCGGUGGUGGCGGCGGCGACGCGGAACAUUCGGCCAAAUCGGACUCGAACGAGGCCGCCGUUUGAAAUAUUUCAUUGUGAUAACGUUUGCUAUGCGGUUGAUUUGACGUGUAUUUUUUUUCGUUUCGACUACUCUUGGCGGAAACGAGUGGAUUUUUCGGGAACAUUCUCGUCCGGAAUCGGAACUCUUGUUUAUUAUUUUGUUAAACGAACGUCUGAAUUUCAUUGUGAUACAAUUUCUGGUUUAUUACUACGCGUUUAUUAUUUUUUUAACUGUUAGUUUAUGGAAGAAUUUGAUGCGGAUCGUGUGUGUGAUAUAUUUUUUCACAGCCCCCGGGGACUUGGCGUGUGCGCAAGAGAUUAACGGUGUGCGAUGGAUAUUUCUCUAAUAAUUGUUGUUUCGUUUCUUCUCUCCCGUGUACAUAAGUGUAAAAACAAACACAAAAAUUUUUUGAGACUGUUAUGUAAGUUGUAAUAAUUUUCUGUUCGUUUGUUUGUUUUAAUUUUUUUGUCGAUUGAUUUUGUUUUAAAUGCUGAAUAUGCACGGUUUAACUUCCUGUACGUAGAGACUGGUGACGGGCGAGUGGGCGGCGGCGGCGGCGGUUCCCGCCCCCCGUACCGUUGCGUUUAUUCUAUUUACACUCUCUCGUCUUCUGUAUUCUUUUGUAAUUAAUCCGUACGACGACGAUCGAGACAUUAUAUUUGUUAUUGUCAACCUUUAAAAUGCUGAAAUAUUUAUUGUAAAGUUUAAAUUAUCGAUUAACAAGGAUUUGAUCAAUGUGAUUAAAGUAGAAAGGAACAUUUUAGUGACGACAUUAAGUUGUAUCGAGUCGAACAAAUACAAGAAAGGAUCGUAGUAGGCUUUUAAUACAAAUAUUGACCGAUGGUGGCGCUACUUUCGCCCGAUUAAUUGUUCUCGAACCGCGAUCUUUGUUAUAGUUUAUUAUUUUCGUGUUUGAAAUAAAAAGAAAAUGUAUAAAAUAGUCCAAAAACAGACUCAAAAUACCGAUUUACACACUUGACAAAGAUUACGCGUUUCGUUUAGUUCAAAUGAACAUCGCUAGUGUCACAUAAAGUAGUGUUUUGCUCAAUAUGUUGAUUUUUUUCUAACCUGUCAUUUAAAUCAAAUUAAACAAAUGAUGGCAUAUUUUUUAUUAUUAACAAAUGUAUAAGUUCUAAUUUUUGGAAAUUGAAAAUUAUUUUAUUAUUAAAUUGUUUCUAUUUUAUUGGUUCUUUUAGAAAAUUAUCGCAAUUACGUUUCAAUUGACACUAAUGACAGAAUGACAGUUUGAAAAAAAUCAAAAUGGCGCGAUUCUUCUAGAAUAAUGUAAGUACAUGUUCCUUUCUAAUACUACUUAAAUCGUUUAAAUGCGUAAAUAAUUAAAGAUCGUUUCGUCGUACAAUUAUUUUACGAAAAAAAAUAAAUACCGGUUGUUAUUUCGUAACUAUUUGUAUACUGUGCCUGUUGUUAAAAGAAUUUAAGAAAGAAAAAAAGGAUAAAUUCUAAUGUGGUAUUUUUAGCAAUCUGCUAUUCAGUAUUCGAUGUGGGUUAAUAAAAAUGUUUAAAUACAAAAAAACUAAUAGAAGAGUGUUAGGUUUACGCGACGUUUUAUUCGCAUCUCUCGAACGAGACGAAAACGAUCAUAUGGAACAUUUUCAAAGUGCUAUUUCGAAGUGCCAAUUCAAUUAUAUAAAUAAUUAAGAAAAACAAAGAUUGGGGGGAUGAAAGAUGAAAGACUGUUUCGCUGCAAUCCGAGGGGUAGCCGUUUGAGUGAAAAAGUGAUGACGAGGCGGUGAAUUUGAUGAAAAUGAUCUCGAUUUGUUUCUUACUUUACAACGACGAAUUUUACUAUUUUUUACCCGACUAUUGUUAGAUUAAUUAAUUUUGGGGGGUCGUUUAAUUGCGUCGACCCUCGUUCCUAAAUGGACGUUUUAUUUUUUUUGAAAAUUAAUGUUUUUUUUUGUAAAUCUCCCGAGAUAAUCGUUUAUCAAUCUGCAUAUAUUGUAUAUUGUUUGAAGGACAAAUUAUUUAUUUGCUUUUGCGGUAAUGUACAGUAGUAUAGAUUUUUGUACAGUAAUGAAUAUAUUUUAUGUUUUCCUUUUAAUUGCCUAUUCACGAGGCCCAAAUAGUUUUUUGUACUAUGUAUAUUGUGUAAGAAUUAUAGGUUUGAAUAAGAAAAUGUUUAUUACGAUUUCUCUCGUUUUUUUAUUCAUUUUAUCACUUGGGUUAUUAUCUAAUUGGCUGAUGCUUUUUUUUAAUGUCAAUGUCAAUAUCAAAGCCACCUAGAUGAUAUCGUUAGGUACAAUUAAACCUUCGAGGUAAGUAAUUACAUUUAUUUACGAAAAUAUCAGUUUCAUUUCAGCAACAUCUCGAAUUUAUUCGUAAACUAUUUAAAUUAGCACCGAAUUAGUUUUUCCUUCUACAUAAACUACCACCCGUUCGAAAAAAAAUUCCAACAAACACUUUUGCAACUAAGUACUAGAAAAAAAAAACGAAACGAGAUCGUUCGAAGUAAUAAAUACACCUGUUGUUGCAUUAAACCGUAAUUAUUAGUAAAAAUCACAAGUAAUAAUUAAAAAAAAAAUACUAUUUCUUAAAUGGUUCACGAGUUUUCGUUACGUUUUCUUUGUUUAUAUCAUCGAUUUUUUUUAUACAACCUGUACAAUAAAAUAUAAUUUAAUCUGUCACAAUCAGUACGCUAAAUACACAAGUCAACUAAAAUCGUGUGUGUGUGUGUGUGUACGUGAAAGUCUCGUUCGUUCGAAUUCAAAGCAUCUUCGAAUUGUUUUUAUUCUCCUUAACACUCACAGAAGGCGGCGGCGGCGGCGGCGGCGACGGAGGCGGCGCCUGCAAACCUCCAUCGCUCGUUUUGGCAUCGCAAUUGCCCUUCGUAUCCGAUCCGCUACAACCCUUCGGGGGACCCUUCGAACCCCCUCCCGAUUCCCCGCCGCACCCCUCGUCGCCCUUCUUCCCCUUCGCCUCCUUCUCCUUUUGCAACGCCUUCAGGAUCUUGUCCUCCACCUCGAGGAUCUCCUCCUUGUCGAUCAGAUCGAUCAAUUCGUCGAUUUGCUUCGGGCUCAAGUUCACGUUCUCCUUGCCGAUUAUUUCUAUCACCUACAA